AUGUUGCCACUAAAACGACGAAAAGUGUCCUCCGCGAAUAGCGGGGCGUCGGCGAGUCACAGCCGGGAUGAAGCGUGCAAGUUCCCGCAGGUGGUUCUUUACCUCCUGGAGAGGAAGAUGGGGACCAGCAGGAGAAGUUUCCUCACCGAGCUCGGCAGGGGAAAAGGCUUCAGAGUUGACGAGAACUUCACUGAAAGUGUCACACACGUCAUCUCUGAGAAGAACUCUAGCGAUGAGGUCAGACGCUGGCUGAGUUCACGGGGUCACCAUGCCACGCCCGUUCACCUGCUGGAUGUGAGCUGGUUCACGGAGAGCCUGAGCGAGGGACGUCCCGUUGACAUCUUGAGCAGCCAUCGCCUGACGGACCCGCAACUGGAAUCGGGAGGAGAGCAGAUGGCAACGUUCUCCUUGCCCGUCUAUGCCUGCCAGAGAAGAACCGGCCUAAACCAUCACAAUGAAGUCUUCACCGAUGCCCUGUCGUUGCUGGCGGAAAACGCUGAGCUGUGCCAGGACGAGGGACGCGCCUUGGCCUUCCGCCGUGCCGCCGCCGCGCUCAAGGCUCUUCCAGAGCCGGUGACAGACGUCAGGCGGCUCCGAGGGUGUCCAUGCCUGGGCCCGCGCUCGCUAGCGGUCAUUCAGGACAUUUUAGAGAAUGGGACGUCCCAGGAAGCCGAAUCCACCAGGCGCUGCGAACGCUACCGGGCAAUGAAGCUCCUGACGGGAAUCUUUGGCGUGGGAGCCAAAACGGCAGAUCUCUGGUUCCGGGAAGGCGUCCGGAACCUUCCCCAAUUGCGCCGCUCGGGACGCAUCCUCAAUCGAGCGCAACGUGCUGGCAUGGCCCACUACGACGACCUGAUGCGGGGCGUGACCCGGGCAGAGGCCCACGCCGUGGUCCAGAUGGCCCGUGAGGCAGCGGUCGCAGAGCUGCCGGGUGCGCAGUUGACCCUGGCGGGAGGCUUCAGGAGGGGGAAGCCCAGUGGCCACGACGUGGACUUGUUGAUCACACAUCCGCAGGAGGGGUUGGAGGAAGGACUUAUUCCAAAAAUGGUGGCCCGCCUGGAGGCUCAGGACUUUCUUCUGUACCACAAGAGCAGCAAGAAGUCGAACUCGGGUUCUAGCGGGGCCUCCAGCAUGGACGGUUUUGAAAGAUGCCUGUGCAUCUUCAAACUCCCCGAGCCGGACGACGGCGGGCUAUGGCGAGCCAUCCGCGUGGACCUGACGGUGGUUCCUGCGGGCCAGUCGGCGUUCGCCCUGCUCGGCUGGACCGGCUCUAAGCUGUUUGAACGCGAGCUGCGACGCUGGGCGAGUCGCGAGAAGAACAUGUCGCUGAGCAGCCACGCUUUGUACGACAACCGGCAGAGUGGAUACUUGGAAGCCGCCACGGAGGAGGAGAUAUUUGCUCACCUCUCCCUGGAAUACGUACCGCCUACGGAGAGGAACGCCUGA